AUGGCAGUUCCAAAGGGUCCAUAUCAUGCCAUAGCAGCACAAUGCUGUCAGUCUUGCUCUUUGUUUCCUUGUCUCCGCAUUCGUUCCAGAUCAAACAAGAUGCGCUUCCUUCUCGCUUUGGCAUUCAGCCUCACUAUCAGCAGUGUAUCUGCCAAGUAUGCAUGCCAAACACAAUUCUUAAAAGGUGUAGGAGGAGAGUGCAGGAGUGACUGGGAUUGUUGUCAAUGUGACUCUGGUUCCUCAGGGUUUUUAACUUGCAAAGGUGACGGAAGCUCUUCUACUGGUCGCCGGUCUACUACUUCUUGCAUGCUAAUCUCUCGUAUCUCCUUUGACAACGUGGGGACGAAGAUAUCAAUAAAUGGACAAAAAGUGGUAGUUAAUAGCUGUGUUGAUAAGAGGGUCUGGUUAUGCCGUCAAAAGGUUGCUGCGCGCAUGGAGAAGAUAUAUUCGAAGUUGUCUAAGGAUGCAAAGUCCAAGUACCUGUAUUUGUGUCCGUUACAGCUGGUGGUUCACCACGCAUGGAUAUGCACGUCACAACUCAAAUGGCAAGCUCCAACUUACACACAUGGUUCUGCAUAUACAAUGUCCGCCAUGCUUGACAACAAACUACAACGCUUUCAAAAACGCACCAAAGCUCGACAUGAGGGGGGUAUCGCCGCAUUCCGAACAUGCUGUACGGCUGCUGUUGGAAGAAGAUACUUUCUCCCAACCGCCAAAAACGCCUAA